UAUUGGACCGCUGCACAUGCACAGCAUCUAAAGCUGCAUAUGCAUGCAGCUCUAUUUGCAGAAGUACCGCUGCAGCCCACCCUUACCGAAGCUGCGACUCAUGCAUUGGGUGCUACUAGAUGUACACUGGGGCGGCCAAUCAUGACCUGGUAGGGGACUUGUGAUAUGCGGGAUGGGUAUUGUUGCAGGUAGUUUACGAUGAUAGAAUAGUCAGAGGGAAAAGGAUUUAGGUAAGUUGAAGAGAGGAUGAGACUUCGAUGGGUAUAAAAUCCCGAGGGACUUUCCCCGAGGGCUUCUCACUUUCUGGGUUGCUAUCAUCUAAGUAUCUGUUCAUUUCCUCUAGCUAUUGUUUUCUAGGACAUUAUAUUCACCAUGGAUAAUUCGACCGCUGGUCCGCAAACUACCUUCAAAUUACUUGAUACCUGUGGCUGCACCGAUUUAGACAACCCCAGCAAAUUCACAGGUCCUUUUUACUAUCGAAUCCUCACGGCUUCCCAUCAGAUCAAGUACCUUGGAGUCAAGGGGAUCAAGCCUAACAAGAUGGACAUCUAUGGUCGUGAGUUAGACUUCGAAACCGUUCCCGAUGGUAGUUGGAGCAUCGGAAGCCUCACCCCUAGUCCAAUCACUGGAAAGCUUAUCUUGAUGGAAACAUCUGAGACGAAACUCUGUGCUAUUAAUCCCACCUGGCAUCCUAAUUCGAUCGAUAUUAUCGAUCUCGAAGAUCCCGUAGCUGAUUCCUGGGACCAUGAGCUACUCUGCCAGGGAAAGUUGCAUGCGACAAUUCGAGGUGCUCACUUCGGCGAGUCUAGGACUAUGGUCCAAUAUGAAUGGAAUCCGCGUUUGGUAUACCCACUCGAUAUCGUCACGGACAUAUUCUCCCGGAUUGACGGCCUCGGCAUCGCACCGAAAUUUCUUGCUCAUGUCACCGAAAAUUGUGAUCGGGUUAUCGGAUACAUGGUCCAAGGCAUGAACGGCCGCGCUGCGACCCCCGAGGACCUCGAUGCUUGCCGGGAUGUAUUAUCCAAGCUCCACAGUCUGGGGAUUGUGUUGGGUUUCCUCCACCCACAGGCUUUCAUAAUCACGGACCACGGCCAAGUAUUCCUACACCAAUUUUCCAGUUCAAGAGUCGUUGAGGAUCCCGCGGAGUUUGCGGCAGAGAUGGAGGCGUUGGAAGAAGCGCUUAAGAAGAAAUGGGAGUGGCCUAAGCCCUUCCCCGAGCAUAUUAACCAAGGGCUUACAGCGAUUAUGGAGCGAGAUGGCGGACUCCAUCCGCUGCUUUUGUUAUAUGCGAAGAAGGAGGGGAAGUUGAUGGAGGUUACUAAGGAGGAACAUAGACAUAUGCUGGAGACGCUGUGGGUGGAAGGGGAUAUGUUUAGGGUACCGCCGGAAUGGAGGGAUGUUUAGAUUUGUUGUUAUUAAUGGGCUUGUUUUAUAUACCUUAUCAUAUCAUACGCGUGUGGUUUUGGGGGGGGGUUCCCUCGUAGGAAUUAUUUCAGGCACAGCACCUUAAUCCAGUGCCGAGCCCUCGAGCAGAUAAACUUGACGCCGGGGGCCUAGCUAAGCUGGUAGGUUCGCUUCUGCUGAGCUACGCCCGGGAUGCGAUGUGCAUAUGUAGGAGCUUGUUUAAUG